AUGGGUUGGAAAACCAAACAAACACCGAAGGAAACUAGGGAGGCUUUGAAGAAGCGAUUUACCCCAGAGCAGAUAAAUAAUGGCAAGAUUACAGCUGCGGCCUGGCAGGAAAUUAUUACAGAAACUCCCGAGAAUAUUCAUUACUCUGCAGUCCUUAUCAAGCAAUGGCUAGGCUUUUUCCUGUAUGCAGACAGAAACCUUGACGGGAAUGUUGGACUGCAAGAACUUCUCAAAGUGCUCGAUGAGGUUAAGGCAGAGGAGGAUUUAAAGAAGGAUUUCAAGAGCUUUUUCUCAGCGGUGGAUGUCUCUGGCGACAAAAAGCUCAGUUUGGCCGAGUGGUUCAUCAUCGGAUUCUUGAAAGUCGAUCGCGAGGAGGGCUAUGAGUUGGCUGUGGAAGUUGAGUGA